GCCUCCCGACACCCAGUACGAGGCCGCCAGUGCUGCCGUGUGGAGCUGCUGUCGCUGCUGCUGCGCCUCCUUCUCUAGUGCUCCUGCUGCUGGUGCUGACGCGUCGCCGUCUGGUGUGAGAGUGCGGCGCCAUAGAGCGCAUGUGUGAUAGUGUGGAGGGCCCCGCGUGACCCCUCCCCCCUCAUCAUGCCAUUGUUUAAGCCCAGGAAGCGUGAGGAUGGCGUGGAGGACACGCACGCCCACCACCCCAGCACCAGGGCGCCCACCAAUGGCCACACCACGCCCACAGAGUCCACCGUCACACGCCCCAAGUUGGUCUUCCACUGCCAGCAGGCGCACGGCUCCCCCACUGGCAUCAUCUCCGGGUUCACAAAUGUCAAGGAACUUUACCAGAAGAUCGCCGAAUGCUACGAUAUUCCCUCCGAGGAUAUCCUGUUCUGCACGCUCAACACACACAAGGUCGACAUGACCAAACUCUUAGGGGGACAAAUCGGCCUAGACGACUUCAUAUUUGCACACCGGAAAGGUCGGCCGAAGGAGGUGGAGAUCACCAAGACGGAGGACGCGCUCGGCCUCACCAUCACCGACAACGGCGCCGGUUACGCCUUCAUCAAGAGGAUCAAGGAGGACUCCGUUAUAGACAGAAUCAAACACAUAGAGAUUGGUGACCACAUAGAGAAGAUUGAUGGGAAAAAGUUGGUGGGUCACCGCCACUAUGAAGUUGCCAAGAUGCUGAAAGAAAUUCCUCGGGGUACCACUUUUGUCAUGCGUUUAGUUGAACCUCUUAAGGCUGGCUUUGCUAAUAUUGGGCCACGGUCAGAUCCACGCUCCAGUAGUAAGAAGGGCUAUGGCAGCGGCAAACAAACUCUACGCUUCAAAGCUAACGGCCAAGCUGAAGUGGAAGAUGCGCCGGAUGAUUUGGCAACAUUCGCAACUGAAAAGAUUAAUUCACUGCUAGAAAAUUUCAUGGGCAUCAAUGACAAUGAUCUAGCUGCUCAGAUUUGGGAACUGGGGCAGCAGAAGCAGAACACGAUGGAAUUUGCCGAAGCUGUGGAUGAUUCUGACUUGGAAACAUUUGGAUUCACUGAUGAUUUUAUUUUUGAGCUUUGGGGAGCAAUUACUGAUGCCAAGGCUGGUAGACUGAAGAAGUAGUUCGUGAUGACCGAUAAUGAAUUGUGACAGUUGUUAAAGAGAAUAAUUAACAGCAACCAAGAAGAGGAUUUUAAAUUAGGUGAUUUCCCUAUUUUUGUUCUGCACUGAUAAUAAGCCCUAAAGUAUAUUUAUUUGUAUAUUCGGUAACAAAAAUCCUAUGAUAAAGCGUUCUAGUAAUAAAAUACUUACUGUUUGCAGCGUGAAAAUAAUGCAGUGAGGAAAAUGCCAUGUGUUUUAAGGAAACAAAACACAUGUUCAUUUUUUGUUAAGGAUAUCAAAACUUAUUUUAUCAAAGUUAUCUUACAAAGAAAAAAAUAUGACCAAAAGUAUGAGAGUGGGUGAUAUUUGCUUGUGGCUUCUGGGAAGUUAAUUCAGUGUGGAAGUAUUUUCAAGAUAACUAUUAUCAUAGAUGGUAUGAAAGUGUCUUGUGUGCAUUCUGUGUUUUGUGCGAGAAGAAAGAAACGCAUUGAACCUUCACAUAUUAUAGUAAAAUGUCCACCAUGAUGGCCUUUAAAACAGUACGUCAAGUUUGUGUACCACCACUUUUUGUAUAGAAUUUUGUAAGAGAUCUGUCUUGGUAUCUGUACACAAAUUAAUCUCCCUAAAAAAAAGUGGUAAAUGGCCAUGAGUGAGAUUUGUGCAUGUCUUGUUUGUGGUUGUCAGUUGAUGCUCUCAUGCCUUAUGAUUACAGGACAGUAUAGAACGUUAUGAUAUUGUAUGUAUUAGAACACACAAACAAUA